GGCCGUGGUGCAAGCAGACGUCACCAGCAUGUGUUCGUGGGGGCGUUUCCGGCGGAAGCAGUAGAUACACUGGACAUUCAAUUCUUGUGCAAGAAAAAAAUGGCAACCGAUGGCAAAAAGGACCUCCAUGUGCUCAUUGUUGGAGCUGGGACGAGUGGAUUGCUCACCGCGCAGGGUCUGAAAAAGGCCUCCAUAUCCUUCACCAUCUUCGAAUCCGAAACGACCAGCACCUACCAAACCCGUCCGCGAGAAUGGGGCAUGACGCUGCACUGGGGGAGUACCCAUAUCGCCUCAUGCCUGCCUCCCGAACUCGUUGAGCGCUUCCACGAAGCCUAUGCCGAUCCGUCACAGGCGCCCGACGCUGCCACAGGCCUCCCAAUUCGCAAUGGCAAGACAGGCGAGCUCAUCAUGGAGAUGAAGGCUGAAAAGCCAUAUCGUGUCAGUCGGAAGAAGAUGCGGAAUCUGUUCAAGGAGGGCAUCGACGUGCAGUAUGGGAAGCAGGUGGAGCGCGCCUCUGUUGGUGAAGACGGGAAGGUCAAGGUCGAGUUCGAGGACGGCAGUACAGCGACUGGCGACGUCCUUGUAGGCUGCGACGGUGCCAAAUCGAGAGUGCGGGAGAGUAUCGUUGGGACGGAGGCUGCAAAGCUCACGGACGUCCCUGUCAGCAUGUUUAACUUCCCCUACAAGUUCGACGCGGAAUUGGCUUCUCGCAUCCGUCAGCAAAACCAUUUGUUUACCACGAGCAUACAUCCAGAUCAUGGGACCAUGUUUUGGCUUUCCAUUCAAGAUGUGCCCGACCCCUCCAAGCCGGAAACAUGGACCUUCCAAAUCUUGCAAAGCUGGAUCGACGACACAGUGCCCCCAUCCACUGACCUGUCCACUUUCGAAGGCCGCCUGGCCUUCUUCAAGAAGCGGUCAGCAGAAUGGGCGGAACCUUGGCGCUCGGCAGGCCUCGCUGUGAAAGAGGGCACACAGAUCCCGCUUGACAAGGGCACGUACUGGGGAAGAGCAAGCAAGUGGGAUAACCGAGCCGGACGCAUGACGCUGUGUGGAGAUGCCGCACAUCCCAUGACACCGCAUCGCGGCCAGGGAUUGAAUAACGCUCUCCAGGACGCGUCUAAUUUUGUUUCUGCGCUGCUUAAAGUUCAGAUUGGUGGGCAGAGCUUGCAGCAAGCGGUGCAGGAGUACGAUGAUGAAGUGUUGGAGAGGGGCACGCUGGAGAUGAGUAUCUCGUUGAAGCAGACGCUUUUUAUCCAUAAUUGGGAAACGCUGAUGCAGAGUCCCAUGGUCAAGAUAGGCAUGCAUCAAGCGAAGAAAGAGGAUGCGAGCGAGGCGUGAUGGCGUAAGCGUUAGGACUGAAGAUUAUAUAGUUCGAGAAUUUUGCAGAUUAGACGGAAUGAAGUAGAAUGGGAGCAUGGUAGAUGUGUAGAUGAAAAGUGAAUGCGUAUAUCUACAUUAUCAUGACUAGAGAUCUCAUGUCAACAAUUCUUAACCCUCAGU